UACUUCAAGACUUACAAAAUUUAAACAAUUCCUGCAAAUACUUGCUUAUCAAGCAGUUGCAAUGCUGAGAAGCUUAACAGAGGCAGGCAGUGUCAAAUUCCACUGACCUCUAAUGAAUUAAAAAACUUACUGCAAAUUCAACUGAUCUCUAAUAAUUAGUAAGUUUUGCACACUAAAUAUUUUUAUUAUUUAUAUGAUCUACUUUAGAAUAGUUAUUUUACCUUACAGUAAGAUCAUUGUAAACAAGACAUUUUCCAUAAACAUACAUUGCAGCCACUUUUUGAUGGUGGGUCUGGGUACGGGUCCUACAAUGGCAACAUUCUGUGGGUUAGGAUGAGGUGCAGGUUGAUAUUUGUCCUGAUACUCACAUCACGAAUGAACAGGCAAUCGCACUAUAAAGUGCCAGACUUUUCCUGCUUCAAGUAAUGCAAGUUGUAAUAACUGCGUCGGCUCUUUGAUGCAUUCCUCGCUCCGAUGAACUGUAUCCCCAUCAUUGUGAUCCAAUAUCACCCACCUCGAGCUUCCAUAAUCAGGUUUCAUAGAUGUGAAUUAAGGCACUACCAGCCAGUUGCAUUAAAUAGCACAAUAUGACCCACAUUCCAAUAGACAAAUCCAAUCUUCCCCGUGUAAAUGAUGUUUGCCGUGACUUUGCAGUACUGGAAGAUGGUGCCCUGGCUCACUGCUUGCAGGAACAGGAAAUUGAACAGCAUUAUGCCUCUAACAUUCGGAAGAACAAACUUGUUCAGAAGGACAUUCGAAUUGCUAAAAAGCUCCAGGAUGAAGAGGAUCUGCAGUGCAAAGUCUUCAGCAUAGAAAAGCAAAAAGAAAUUGAGGAACUUGACUCAGAAUAUGCUCGUGUCAUUCAAGAAGAGCUACAAAGAAAAGCCCAGGAGUGCUUGCAGAGAGAAGAGGAAGACAAGGAAAUAGCCAAGCGCUUGCAACAACUCGAGGAGGAGGAGCUGCACAGGAAAAGCAGGUCCAUGGGAGAACACAACAGCCUGCAGCACCCGCAAUACCUGACAGCUUUGGACUGUGAGGAGGAGGAGGACGAGUACCUCUUCCAAAGUGAUAGUAAAAAUCAGCUUAAUGCGUCCGAUUACAGACGAGCACAGUGGAAUUCAGACCAAGACCAUAGCCUGAGACAGUGUGAGGAACCGCUCGGCAGCAUAAAUUCUGCUCACAAAAGCAAUUUCAACAGAGUGUCCUUUGGGCAAGUUCUUUAUGACACUAACCCUUCUAGAAAUGGCAAAUCGGCAGAUAUAUGGAAAGAGCCGAGCUGUAGAGAACCAGUACAGGUUCCAUAUAGGCAUCCUAAAAAUUCACUGGAACGAAGCCCUUGUCAUCCAAGCUGCACUGAGGCACAGCAUGUCCAUGAUAGGGAAAUGAGUCGGAAACAGGAGAAAAUAAGGGGGCACAGGGAUAAACACUGUAAGCAUUACUCUGAGAGGUGCAGACGCUCGAGCUCAGACAGCGAUGACUGUCCUGAACAUUCAGUCAGGGACAAGCGAAGUCGACGUUCCCAGUGGAAUCAAACUAAAGAUCACCAUCAUCACCAUCGUCCCUUGAAUAACCUUUCCUCUAGGAUAUCAAGUCAAGUUUUAAGAUCAGGUGAAGAAGCGAGGCCAGAUUUUGAUACAGAACCAUUAGAGUGGCAGAUGGGAGAGCUGCACAUUCAGAACUCUGACCAGCUCCUGCAAGAUGAAGAAUUGGCUCGGCGAUUACAGGAAGAAGAGGAGAAGGACAUAGCCAAAAUGAAACUGAAGGAACAACAUGAAGACUUUAGGGCUGCUCAGGUUGCACAAGAUGAGGAGAUAGCCAAGUACAUUCAGAGACAGGAGCUGAAAGCUCACAGGCGUUCAGAAGAGUUGGACCUACAAAGAGAAAGUGAUGAUGACAGCAGUCUCUGUAGCUACUCUGAGAGGAGGUGCAUAGCACUUAAGAAUGAAGUGCCUUCUUGUAGCCAAGGACGGCUAGAUUCAGAGGGCCUGUCAUCACCUGCUGAAUGUCGCACCCCAGAAAGAAUGGACAGUUCAAGAGCAGAAGGAUGUGCUGACCAGGCUAAGCUCAGAUCACCGAGGAAUAUUGCCGAAGAACUUGAUCCGACGUUCAAAUCAAAAAGAGAAUUGACUAAUGAUGUUUUUACAGAAUGUUCGCAAGAGUUCCCAUUAUCGGCGCAGGCCAACCCUGUCCCAGUUGAUGGUUUCUACGACUUCAUGGAUGAUGGUGGCGCAGAGCCAGUGUUUAUACCUCCGACCAAGCGCCAGGCGGAGAAACUAGGGCGCAGCAAACCCAAAGACAAGAAGGAAGGCUGCAAACAGCAGUGACUUUUCCUUAUCCUAGCAGUCAUCUUACUUAUUGCCAAACCCUGUCCUGUCUCAAGUCAGCAUCGUGGAUCUCUUCAGUGUGCGUCAACACAAGUGGUAUUAACUCAUUCAGGGAUGAAGAAGAAGAUAAUCUGAUUUCUGCAUUCAUGUGCCUUAGGCAUUUCUUGACUCUAGAGAAUGGCUUUUUUAAUACUGUCAAACCAUGACUCACAGGUUGGGCAAAUCAACGGAAAAAAGCACAUAUUAGCUACAUAUUGUCUGAUCCCCAAGAGGAUUGCUAUUCAUAUUAUUAUUAUUAUUAUUAUAAAUAUUAUUCUAAGCAGUGCUUUAUUUACUAUAAACAAGAGAAUGGAAUAUGAUAAUGACUCAUUGUGGCUUGCAUAUUUAAACCAUCCUGUUAAUUCGUUUUCGUUUUCAUAGUGAAAAUGAUCAUGGAUGAGAAACUUGCAUCAGUUUGAAAAGAAGUAUUUACAACAGACAAUUUUGUAAUAGUAUUAUCAUGUGUUUUAUGAAAGCCCACCUUAUCUAUUGUACUAAACCACUGAUGUACAUCCUCGGCACCCGCAGGUGUUGGACUACAUCAGGGAUGCUGGGAGUUGUAGUUCAGAGGCUGAAGUGCUCAGGCUGGAUAUCAGACUCCCAUUGUGCAUUUUGCAAUCUUGAAAUUGCAGGAAAUGCAGCAUUCGAAUGAGUACAAUAUUUUUAUUUUAAUUUUAACUUUUUGCACUGAUUUUUUUGUUUUGUUUUGAUCAUUAUUCCAAUACUUUCUGGUGCUUUUGUGUAUAGAUUCCCAAAUGCCUUUAGAAUUUACUUUAAACAACAUUUUUUAUAUAAAAUACAAGCAGUAUUAUUUCUACAAGCUGUCGGCACCCGUUUUAUUUCAUAUAUGGCCUGGAAUGGACUGCUAGUGGCACUGUGCACUGGGCAACAGGGACCCUACAACUGAUAGGUUCCACUGGUUUUCUGGAAAUGCUCAGUAUAAUAUACAGCGUUGGCUUAGGUCACUGUGAGCCUUAUUUAUCUGUGUAUUGUUUAUGUAUGUGAAAUGGAACAGCCAUUUAGUAACAUUAAAGGGGUGGUUCACCUUCAGGUUAACUUUAA